AUGCCCCGACCUGCGACUUCUCCCCUCCAGAAUCCCCCCGCUAGCACCGAUAGUGACCCCCGCGCUGGCUCCCCGAAUUCGAUGAGUCUCCGCCAUCGUGGUCCGACCCGCUCGGCCACUUUCGCCGAGGGCUCGUCGAACCUGCGGAAUGAACGACGGAACUCGACCUUAUCUGAUUCUGUAUCCGAGGCCCGAAAUUCAAUUCGUUCCUCGACCGAUGAUUUGUUCUUCCCCCGCGCCGCAAAACAGACCGAUGUCGACCUUCAUAACGACGAGUCGCAUUGGCAUUCAGCCCCCCUGGGCCUGGCGCUUUUGCCUGCUAUCGCCGGAGUCUUUUUCCAGAACGGAAGUGCCGUCGUGACGGAUGUCACUCUGCUGGUUCUCGCCGCCAUCUUCCUCAAUUGGUCGGUGCGAUUGCCAUGGUACGGUCUCGCCCUCUCCCCCGCCGUUCGCACCUGA